UCGACAUCGUCGGUGGGAUCUUGUUAAAGAGACGUUUACGUACAGGGGUGAAAAUAUACCUUUUCUAACUGCAGAGAGCCCUGAAGGUGUGCUGGCUCACAACAGUGUGAGGUCCACCUGUUCCUGUGAACAACGCAAUCCAAAGAUGUUGUAUUAAUGGUAUACUGAUUUGUAACUAAGUAACUAACGUUAGUCGGUAACAUCUGCUCCGGUAACGCCUCCAUGUCGCCUUCGCUGUUUGGCUCCAAAGUACAACUAUACCAUCAGGUCAGUUAGUUUAUGUGAGAGUUCACCGGCUCACGGGAUAGGUUUUACCGGACAAUUAUCACCGGGAUCCGUUUCGCAGUUUGAUUCCGCCCGAUUGUUUGCAGGGGGACAUUAAUGUUACUCCAUAAACCGUGAUUUCUGCAAGAGUUAAGCAACAUGAGGGGAGGAGUGGAAGCAACCGAGGAACCUUCACCUCCCGGCCGGGAUAACGUGACAGAACAACGGAAGAGGACGACAAUCAUUCGCGUGGUUUACGUCAUCGCCGCUUUGGAUGUCACAUGGAUGUUUUUACAGUUUUCUGUCACCCCUUAUUUGGCAAAGAAACUUGGCUUCGACACCUUGUGGUUUGGUUAUUUACAAACCACAGUCGGUGUAAUCCAGCUGCUUGGGGGUCCAAUAUUUGGAAGGUUUGCAGAUAUCUUCGGAGCACGAGCAGCUUUGUCUCUGGCGUGUUCCUCCACAGUGGUUUUCUUUCUGCUGCUGGCCAUAGCAGAGAAUCCUGCCAUGCUGUUCAUCCACAAACUCCCCACAGUCUUCAUGCACGUUAUAACCGCGUCUCAGAUGGUCGUCGCAGACCUUUCGGCGCCUGAGAAACGGGCCGAGGCUUUAUCCAAACUAGGGCUGUGUUUUGGCAUCGGCAUGAUCACCGGCUCCACGUUGGGCGGCCAUCUCAACACGCGCUUUGGGGAGACAUUUACGGCAUAUUUUGGCGCUGUGGGGAGCGCCUUCAGUUUACUGUUGGUUUUCAAGUUUAUCCCCAAAACGACCAAAUCUCAAGCUUCAAGAACCAACAAAGACAGUGAGAACAAAAAGAAGUCCAUAUUCAACGUGGGAGAGAUCACCCGGCUGCUGAGGUUUCCCGGUGUGAAGCGGACGUUUCUCGUGAAGAUAGUUGCUGGUUUGCCAUCAGGCAUCUUUCAGGUGAUGUUCUCCGUCAUUGCGUUGGACUUCUUCAAGCUGAGGCCGGAGCAGAAUGGCUAUCUGAUGGCGUACUUCGGCGUGGCCUCGAUGGUCGUCCAGGGAGGAGUGGUCGGUCGGCUCACGGCGAGGUACUCGGACAACUCGCUGCUGCUUCUGGCCAUCGGCGUUUCUUCUUUGGUGGGAUUGGCUCAGGCUUACAUGCAGGACGUGUUCCAGUUCUGCCUCAUCGUCUUCCCGAUGACGUUUUCUCUCAGCGUGUUUAACGUCAUCACAGACAGCAUGCUCACCAAGAGCGUGCCGUCCUCCGACACAGGCACGAUGAUGGGACUGUGUGCAUCCGUCCAGUCUCUGCUCCGCACAGUCGGGCCGACUGUUGGCGGCUUCUUGUACGUGCACUACGGCAUUUCCUCUAUCGGCUUGAUCCAGUGUGUCGUGAAUGUCGCCGUGUUUGGGCACCUGCUGCAGCGUCACCUCAGGAGGACAGCCGAGCAUCAGCAAUGAAAUCUUUAGGUUUUAAAAAAAAAAAAAAAAGAAGCUUUUAAGUGUUUUCAAAUACAAUGUUUGAUUUUUGGAACAAUCCCUGCAUGUAUUGAAGUCAUCCUGUCUCAGUCAUUUACAUGAUGAUGGUCAAGUCUUUGUUGCCGUUUAAUCUGUGGUGGAGAUUCAGAACUGAACCACUAGAUGGCAGCAAACCCUCUAUUUUACCAGGCGAUGCUUUUAUUUUCCACCGUUCACAUUUGUAUUAGUUACACUUUAAACAUCUGUUUACCGCUAUUGAUUGAUAUCAUUAUCAACAUCAUUGAAAGUGAUUCAAUAUUAGAACAAUCAACAUCCCUGCUGAUUGAAAAUAGUUAUAUCAGAGCAAUUUAUAAUGAAAGUUUAUUUUAUUAUUAAAAUGAUUAUUAUCCUUUAAAUAGAAAUAUUUGAGCAUUAAUUCAUCUAAAGGCAGUGAAGUAUUUCAGACUUCUCUUCGCAUUGAAUGGUAUGAAUCUGUGGCAGAAAUAUCUGUAUUUGAUCCAGUACAUAAAUAUAAUGAAGAUCAAAUGAAUAUUUCAAUAUUUCCUCCCCCAUUAGUCAUCUCAUGUCCCUUCAGAUGUAUCUGCUGACUCUUUGGAGGGGCCCAACCCCCAGAUUUGGAACCAGUGAACUGAAUAUUACCUGCAAAGUGGAUUAACUACCUCCACCAUCAGUAAAAAUGCUACUCAUGCAUUAAUGCACAAUAAUCUAAUAAUGCAAUCUAUAAUGAUGUAUCAGUUGCAGAGGGUAUUUUUUUAAAAUUGGAAAUGGAGUACUUUUAGAUUGUUGUAUUGAUACUUUUACUGGAAUAAAGGAUAUAAUUACACU